AGGAGCCCCGCUGCACCUGGCCGCUGCGGAGCCCCUGCGCCGCCCUCAGCCCCGCACCGCGGCCAUGCGGCGGGCGCUGCUGCUGCUCCUGUCCGCCGCCGCCUCGCUCUGCUCAGGUCUGAAGUGUGUGUGUCAGUUGUGUGAGCAUACAAACUUCACCUGCCAAACUGAAGGAGCAUGUUGGGCUUCAGUCAUGCUAACUAAUGGCAAAGAAGAGGUGAUAAAGUCAUGUGUAUCCCUACCAGAACUGAAUGCUCAAGUCUUCUGUCACAGUUCUAAAAACAUUACAAAAACAGAAUGCUGCUACACCGACUUCUGCAACAAUAUAACACUCCACCUGCCUGUAGCUUCAGAAUCUUCAAGCAGACCAAACCUAGGACCUGUGGUGUUGACAGUGAUCGUUACUGUGCCAGUUUGUAUCUUGUCUAUAGCUGUAAUGCUGAUUGUAUAUACAUGUCAAGGCCGUCAUUGUACAUUCAGAAAGAAGAAGCGACAAAAUAUUGAAGAACCUCUAUCUGAGUGCAACCUUGUAAACUCUGGAAAAACUCUUAAAGAUCUUAUUUAUGAUAUGACAACAUCUGGGUCUGGAUCUGGUUUACCUCUAUUGGUCCAAAGAACAAUUGCAAGAACAAUUGUUCUUCAAGAAAUAGUAGGAAAAGGCCGAUUUGGUGAAGUCUGGCGUGGAAAAUGGUGUGGGGAAGAUGUAGCUGUGAAAAUCUUCUCCUCGAGGGAUGAAAGGUCUUGGUUUCGUGAGGCAGAAAUCUAUCAGACAAUUAUGCUGAGACAUGAAAACAUCCUGGGUUUCAUUGCUGCUGAUAACAAGGACAAUGGAACUUGGACUCAACUGUGGCUUGUAUCUGAAUACCACGAGCAAGGUUCCUUAUUUGACUAUUUAAACAGAAAUGCUGUGACCAUUGAUAGUCUGAUUAAGCUGGCACUUUCAAUAGCUAGUGGUCUAGCACACCUUCAUAUGGAGAUAGUUGGUACACAAGGCAAACCAGCUAUUGCACACAGAGAUCUGAAAUCUAAGAACAUCUUAGUGAAAAAAAAUGAAACCUGUGCCAUUGCAGAUUUAGGACUUGCUGUAAGACAUGAUGCUGUAUUGAACACAAUUGACAUACCUCAGAAUCCUAGAGUGGGAACAAAGAGGUACAUGGCUCCUGAAAUACUUGAUGAUGUAAUGAACAUGAGCAUCUUUGAGUCCUUCAAACGUGCAGACAUAUACUCUCUUGGUCUGGUGUACUGGGAGAUAUCACGAAGAUGCUCAAUUGGAGGAAUCAUUGAGGAGUACCAGUUGCCUUACUAUGAUGUUGUGCCUUCGGAUCCCUCAGUAGAAGAUAUGAGAAGGGUAGUUUGUGAACAGAAGCUUAGACCAAAUAUCCCAAACCAGUGGCAAAGUUGUGAGGCACUCCGAAUCAUGGGUAGAAUAAUGCGUGAGUGCUGGUAUGCUAAUGGGGCAGCUCGACUGACUGCGCUCCGCAUUAAGAAGACCAUUUCACAGCUCUGUGUACAUGAAGAUUCCAAAGCCUAAAUGGGUGAUUUGGGGGAAGGAGGAAGGAAUCACUCUCCAUCUUUUUACAUGUGAUUUUUUUUUCUGUCUACCUCACAUACGUAUAUACAGUGCAGUAUUUAAGUGCCCAAACCACAGCACUGAAAAAUAACUUCAUAGUUGGCUACAACCAGCUGCAGCUUUUAGUUGGUUUUGCUGUUUUUAUAAACCAAAUCACCAACUCAUGUUGGUUUUUAAAAUGCAAGUUGAUAUUAAGAGCUAUGAAACAACAUUCCACAUUUAAACUAUUUUAUUAUUCUUAAACUUUUUCUUCUAGUUAAAACCAAAAUACACUGUUGAUGGAAUGUAUGGAUUUAAAGACAGGUAUGUAAAAGAAACCACAUAUGUUUUAGCCUCAAACCAAAAACAGGCCAAAUUCAUUGAGCUUCUUAGGUGUUUUCCCAUAGAAUCCUGUAGAAUAUAUUACAAUAAAGUGCAUUUAUAGGUUUUUAUAUUAUAUUUAUCAUUUAGUAACCAAACAAAUAAGAAUGUUCCACUGAAAAUUUAUACUGUGAAGCUAAAGUAAACAUGUGAGUCUGUCAAUCUCUCUCUCACUCUCUUUUUAAAAAUAUUUGUUAUUACAGCUCCAUUUGCAACACCGUAGUUAAGGUUUGGCGGUAUUUUUGUUAUGUACCCCUAUUUCAGGGAUUAAUCAAACAGCCAUAAACACCUCCUCUGAGCUAACUGUUUAAAAAUAUCAACCAAGGACCAGGUUUUCUUUUUAUCAAAUUGUGAGGGAAAAGUAAUUUGGGCAGUAUUUCCUGGUAUUUGUGGGAAAAAAUUAUAGGAAUGCUACAGUGUAAUCUAAAAAGCAUGUAUUUUUAAUCAUCCUUUUUAUAGACCAUUAGUCAGUGUUUUAGUGUCUUUUGGUAUUUUGUGGAGUGAGAAGAUCUAACAAAGUUAUUUGCUGUAAGAGCACAGUAAUAUUGACCCAGAUGCAGAGACUCAUACAGCUAACCUGUACACUGUAUACACCAACACAGAUGUUUGUGUUUGAGGGGGGCCGGGGUGAAGUCCGCAAGAUCUGUAACUGUGAACCAGCAGCUCCCACACUGUGGUACAGACAGUGCUCACAGAGGUGGUGCUAGCCCAUUGGGGACCCUAUGCAGGAAUAUUUUGGCCUGCCCCCACACAACACAUAAUAAAAAGUGACUGGGGGCCCCCUUGAUCUGCUCAGGGCCCUAAGCAAUUGCUUAGUCUGCUUAGCCUAGUGGUGGCUCUGAGCGUUCAAGACUAUAGGCUGGAGCAGUAGUACUCAUGAAUGGCUGUAUUGCAGUUCCUGUGUUCUGACCCGGCUUUGGGGCAUGUAUUUCCCUCCCGCAAACCACUUCCCUCAUACUUAAAUUAUUUUUAAAAAGUCCAAUCCACUCUGCAGACACAGGAACUUUUUCAGUGUUUCUAGCACAGGAAUGCAAUAAGUAUGUGCAACAGUUGAAGAAAAUCUGUGCAUUUAAAGAGCCCAGAAUCUUUGUUUUGAGUUGGGGGGUGGAGGGAUGGCACUGGUGCAGGAACUGGAAGGGUCAGGGGACCAUUUCCCCCAUAGUUUUUAACAUGAGUAUAGUUUGGGGGGCAGCGUUAGUGUCCUUCCCCCACCCCCAGACUGCAGGCCUGGGGCAGGUGUAGAGCAAUGCGGGCAGG